AUGGCCGUGAUUGAACCGCUGGAUUCUGGCUCGGCGUCGUCUGCACGCGCGCCGCUGCCUCGCCCACCUCCUCGCUCUGGCGAUUUCACGUAUGCGCAGCCAUCCGACCAGCCACGCGAUGUAGACUCGACGCUCAAAUCCUGGGACUCGGUGCCGCUCUUCAUGAAGGACCUCCCCACCGACGCCGAUGCCGACACACAGACCGCACUCGACGCACUCCAGUCGCUCGCAUUCGACGGCUCGCCCGACGAAGUCGCCGCCAACUUUAAGCAGCAGGCCAACGACUACUUUCGCGCACGCCGCUUUCGCGAGGCGCUCGGAUUCUACACCCAAGCCAUCGACGCCAACCCGCAAGACAAGGCUCUUCUCGAAACCCUGCAUGCCAAUCGUGCAGCGUGUCAUUUGGAGCUGCAGAACUACGGAUCGACGUUGAGAGACACUUCGGCGGUGCUCGCCAUCAACGCCAAGAACGAAAAGGCGUACUAUCGCGCAGCCAAGGCGCUGAUUGCGCUCGAUCGAUGCAAGGAUGCCGUGGAUUGCUGCGACCAUGCGCUUGGCGUCAAUCCGGACAACGAUGCCAUUGCGGCGCUCAAGCUCAAGGCCGCAACUCGACUUGCUGCCAUCGAAAAGUCGCAGGCUGAAGCUAAAGAACGCACUCGUCGAGCCGACUUGAUGGCCAAAGCCAUCCAGCAAGCGCUCGUGGUUCGCGGCCUGUGGUUGGAAACUACGCCUCGUCCACCCGACAAUCCAACGCCUGCGCACUUUGACCCUUCCUCCACCCCCUCGAUCCCACUCACCGGUCCCGAGUCGUCAAAAUGGAGCGUGCCAGACGUGAUUCGAACACCUCUCGUUGUGCCGGUCUUCUUCAUGUAUCCACAACACGCACAGAGCGACUUUAUCUCGGACUUUCACGAGGACACACCGCUGGGCGAGUACCUUUCCACCAUCUUCCCUGCCUCCUCACGCGGGUCUUUGCCGUGGGAUACGGCGGGCGAGUACUACGAUGGCAACCUGGUCGUGUAUGCAAGCACCAGGCGUCAGCGACUGCUCAAGCUCGGCCGAAAGUUGACCUUGCGUCAUGUGAUGGAUCAGGCGUACAAGGAUGCCGAACCGGGCAUGGACAAGGUCAGAGAUCGAGAUGGUCUCGUCAUGCAGGAUGGCAUCCUGAGUUUGGUCGUGUUGCCAAAGGGAGACGCCGAAAAGCAGUGGGUGGACAAGUUCAAGGCGCAGCGCGAUAACAAGUAG